UCGCCGGCGGAACGUUAUUGACGCGCGCGCGUGUCUCUCCCGCGUGCGACUAACGGUGUGCGCCAGUGCCUUAUCCGUCUCUUCCGAUUAAAAGUAAAUAAUUAACACACAAUAAAAAAAAAUUUAAAAAAAAAUGAUUUGAUAAAAUAUAUUGUUACCUAUUUUAUUUUUUAUUUUUUAAAUUAAAAUUUGUAUUAAUUCUUCAUUCGACAACCCAACAAAGCCGACAGCUAUUUUAAAAAUAUUAAUAAUACAAAACAAAAAUAAUAGCCGCUUGUACACUGCCCGUGCAGACGUCGAGCAUGCAUCAAGCCGGCCGCCGACCGAGACAUCAUCACAGCCGGCGUCGUCUCCGUCUCCCCUUACCGUCACCUUCGUCGUCUACGUCGUUGCCGUCACCGCCGUCAACGCCGUCGCCUCCACCGCUACCUCAUCUUCACCAUUACCGGCGACACGCUUUUCGCUCCAGUGAGCGAUUCCCGAGAAUAACAGCGGCAUGCAGGCGAUCGGCAAGACCGAUGACAAAAUGAGCUUCCCGACCACAUGGACCGACAUACUGUUAAAGUCUAUAUCGUCCGGUAAGUCUAACUAUACGAUUGAUGUGAAAAUCGGGACGAAACGUAUUUCGUCAGAUCUCAAUCGGCAAGUAACGCACAGACAGGACAUACCAAAGAAGCGCCGCAAACAGCCUAACCCCACGAGAAUAUCCUCGGAAGACGGGACGCCGACCACUGGCGACUGCAACGCUUUUGACACGCUAUCCGACCACGGCAACAGCAAGCCCGAAUCGGACCACAGUUCAGAUGAUUCUUUACUGCAGUCAUCUUCUAAGCGACACAGUCCGCCGUUGAACUUGACCAAAUCCGAGAUACAAUCGCAAGCCGUAUCUCCCCAACCGUCGCACACCAAUGCCGUCGUCUACCAUUUACAUCAAGACGUCCCCAACCCGACUGCGUCCAAUGCGAUGCUUCAACUAGGUACUAACCAACACCAGCAGCAGCAGCAACAUUCACAGUUGGUGCAACAUCAACAGCAUCAGCAUCAUCAGCAAUACCUACAGAAUCAUCAGCGGCACCAGCAGCAGCCACAGUACCAACAUCAACAGGCGACUUUGAGGCCGAUCAACCAGUUAAAGUACGAACCUUCGGUCAACGCUACUCCGAUAUGCUUGAAAGCUCAACCACUGCAGGUGUGCGGUACGUCCAAACCUAGCAACUACGUUCAGUCUCCUGUUCAGAUAUUCAAUCCCGAAGCUUAUUGCGACCAGUGCAACAAAGAGUUUUGCAACAAAUACUUUUUAAAAACCCACAAGGCCAACAAACACGGUGUUUACUCGGACGUCAGUCUACAGACCGCCACGGAGUACAUGGAUCGAGGAUGGAAACAACCGGAUGUUAACCACGGCAUGUCCUCCGCGCCACCGUUUUACGCGUCCAAAAUCGUUCCACCGGUGGUUCAGCAGCAGCCGCCGUUGGCCAAUGCUCAGGGAGUCAAAAACAUGAUAAACAACAUUAACACGCGGGCCUUCUGCAGCAUCUGUCAAAAGGAAUUUUGCAACAAGUACUUUGUGAAACGACACAAGGCUAAAAUACACGGUAUAUACGAAGAGGGUGGUGAUUACAGGGCCUUGGACGAUGUGGCGGCCAAUCUCAAGCGAACCUACAUAAAACGAGAACAAUCAGAAUCUUUGGACGGCUGCGAGAGGGGUGAGAUUUUGAGCGCCUCUACAUUAGUAGACGUUUUAUCUUACGCCCAAGUGACGGUCAACGAUUACUCACAAAAGCCGCCUACGGAUCUCGCCACAAAUACUGUCAUCGACGAUCAGUUAAUAAAGACCGAACCGAUGGCCGCCGCCGAACAGAGUUACGGAGACGAGAUGUUGGCAGCCGCCCACGAAGACGAGCCUACUGAUCCUACGACCAAUGCGGUCUACGGAGAACGACAGUUGGCUGACGUGUUUCCCGUCAACCUCAUGUUGGACCGGAACGCGUUGACCAUCGAACCGAUAAGGCUGAAAGACGAACGUGAUUUACCCGAGGAAGUAUUGCCCCCAAAGGUAGAAACCAACGAGACCGCGGCCCUAGAAGAAAUGGCACAACUCAAGCACAAGAACCGAUUUCAACAAGCUGUGCAGGGUAUUUUGAUGAAAUUGACUCCCGAGAGUCCGGGCCCGGUCAAAUGCGACGUGUGCAACGUAUUGGUGGACGGAUCGUCUUUAAGAGCGCAUUUUCUUAGCAAACAUGAAGAUAUAGUCCAAGAACUGGUCAACGAGACGCUGAUGGCUACCAGCCACGACGGAACAUCGCAGCUUACCGAACACGCGUGUCCCGAAUGCCAACAGACGUUUGUCUCGGACGCUCACUUGAAAGCGCACGUUCAACAAUGUGACGGCCACGUCAAAGGGAUGAGCGCGGCUUCAUCGCCGGUCAGCAAGUAUUCGACCGAGAACGAAAACGAGUACAUCAAAGACAGGAAACCGUCGUCUUCGUCGUCGUCGACGAUGCUCAGCAGUUUCUGUAGAAUAUGCAAUAAGGAACUAUGCAACAAGUACUUUAUGAAAACGCACAUGCAGCGCAUGCACGGAAUUUCCAUACAGAACGGCAACCACAUCAACGGAGUGGUGUGCGACAUAUGCAACAAGGAGCUGUGCAGCAAGUACUUCUUGAGGGUGCACAAACAGAACUCCCACGGUAUCGCCGAGCACGCUGGACCGGCCGGUUGUCACAAAUUGUGGUCGGACCAUUUGGCAGGGACAGACAGCGGGUCGGCCGGUGGACCGGAAGAACUGACCGACAACAAUCACCGGUACUACAAACACUACACCGAAGUUUGCAACCUGUGCUUCAGGAGGUUCAGGAGCUCGAAAUGGUUGAGCGCCCAUUUGUUAAACGACCACGGCGAAGACGGGCGGACCCAAUGGAAACAAAUACAGAAUCAUCUAAACGGCGGCGAUGGCCAAGUCGGUCAACAAAACAUGGCAUUGCCGACGGUCGCAGCCGACCCGGCGGACUCGGAAGAGGUGUCCAGACGGCAUUCGGGCGACGAGCAACCGGCGCAGACGACGCCGCAAGCCGACGAAGCCAAACAGUACCGGUGCUCGUACUGUCCGUUCACCACGUCCAUCCUGUCGUUUUUGUUCGUUCACGAGAAAUUCCACGUGGCCGUCAAACAACAGCGGCCGACGGCGAUCGACGGCGACAACGAUGUGACAACAUUAGCCUGUUCCGACUGUUCCGCUGGGCCGUUCCGCGACAAAGCGCAUUUAGAAACGCACAUGAUCCACUGUCACGUAACAAAAAAAGACUUAGCUUGCGAUCUGCCGGCGCCGGUGACCAACGUCGGUCCGGAACCGGCGGUAAUCGCCGACGAACUGGACGUUGGACAGGACUCGACGGUGGACAAGUCGUCCAUGGACACCAACGGCAACGACGUGUACGCGGACGCCCGCAAACCGAACGAGACCAACGUCGGUCACGAACCAUUCAUAAUGCAAUCGUUCUUCCUGGAAAAUUGUUCCGUGUCGCCAGCAGUGAAAACAGUGUUGAACAGUGGCGGUGGCACCGGCCGGAGCGACUCGUUUCACUCGUCUUUGGUUUACCUUCCAGUCAAGGAGAAGCUCACCUCCACGGUCAAUGUGUUUUUCAAACUCACCCCCACAUAGUUUUUCCUCGGAUACCUUAACCAUAAGCACAGAAAGAUACACAUGUAAAUUCGUUAUCGCCGACAGCCGUAUGUUGGCACAGAGUUGGCAAAAAGCCCAAACUCAUAAAAACCUAGCUCAAAAUUUAAUUAGGUUGGGAUUUUUAAAAAUCGAAAUUCGGGGUAUUGCCAACUCUGUAAUUAAGAUUACCAUAAAAUGUUGUAUUGGUAAGCUUUCCGCAAAAAUGGUCUUUAGUAAAACUAGUGUUUUUAUUCGUACGAUAGUAAAUAUUAUUGUACAACAAAGAAUUAUAAUAAGACUGAAAAAAAAAGAAACUAACAAAUUUACAUGGGUGCUGGAAUAAAAUCUGGUGAUAUCUACGUUACUUAAGUUCCUAAUUAAGUCUUGUGAGUCAAACGGUGGUUUACACACGAGAGUCGUAAUGCGUCUGCACGUUAUUCAUAAUAAGAAGAAGCCGAUUCCUGAGCGGUGACCAUCCAACCCAAAGAAGGUCACCUUGUAAGGUUGGGUGGUUCCUGUUUAGAGCUUAAUAUAUUCUUAUUAUAAAUAGAGUUUCACAUCCAUUGGUUAUCUCAUCGGGUUAGGUUGGUCCGGUUCGUUUUAGUUUCUUAAAUUUUUGGCUUUGUAAUAAUGGAUAUUCAUUGUAAAACAGACUAAUGGUUUUUGUUAAAGUGUUUGUAUAUUACUUUUUCGAUUAUUGAACAACACUUUAUAAGCAAGAACAAAAAUAUAACCUUCAACGAAAAUAAAUUACUUCAACUUCCGUGAUAACAAUUAUUCGUUUAUAGACACCACAAUAAUUAGUUAACUACAAGGGACAAUACGAACCGGACGACCAUGCAUGUAUUCAAUGCUUAAACGGUAGAUAAUUUAUAAUGGAUAAAGAGAGCUGGGCCGAAUGGUUAAUGGUACUGUAUACUCGAGGUUUUAUCAACACUUGGUAAGCGUUAUCAUUAUCACAUAUGGGAUAAUAGCUGAUAGUAACUGUUGCGACGCCUGCGUAAAUGUGAUCGGUGGACUCUUCAAAAUGAAUAAACAAAAUUAAGAUAUAGAAAGUGCGCAAAAAAACAACUUUUAUUAUCGAGUGGAAAUACGGAUAUCAGUAUUUUUUAUCAUCUUGAUGUUAUAAUUUAAAACUCUUGUCAAUACAAAAAUAACUGAAAACACCAUAAUAUUUUUCCGUUGACCUGGGUAAACUAUAGUACCAUGUCUUUUUCGCUCGAUACUCAUGCCUCGGUCCAAGACCGUUUUGUUAACCUGUCUAUUGUUAAAAAAUAUAUUUGAAAUCUCCAUUGUAAAUGGUCCGAGGGUCAAAAGUGUUCUGGAAACAAAACGUAAAUCGUGUGUAGAAACUACCGGUAAAACUCCAUAGUAAAAUAUUAACACCAUUGCCCGUAGUAAUUUUUCCUCUGUAUUAUUCCCGUAAAAAAUGACUGAGCACUGUUCGUUGCUAUACGAACCGGCUUACAUGUUGUAUUGUAGAAAUAAAAUGAACUAUUUUUAUCUCCAAAUCAUAUUCGUGCUAGCGUGAUAACGUUAUAAUCAAAAUCAUAUUUUUUAAUCUUUAAACGUGGCAAGAAAACGAAAAUCAAAAUUAUUUUUAACAUUGUUAUUCGCCGCGUUAUUGCGUUACAUAUUUUAUUCCAUUAAGAUAACUCUAGUCGAUAUUUUAUUAUUAUUUUUUUUUAAUGUUUUUCGUUACUCGCCGUUGAUUAUAUUAUUCAACAAAAUAAUUAUCUACAAUAUUAGGUAUAGAUCAUAGAAUUAUUCUAGUCAUUUUUUUUUUUUUGUGCUUAUAUGAUAGGUAUUUUUAAUUGAUGUACAAAUAUUAUUUAGUGAUUUUUGUCGGAUGCGAUAAAAUAUCGAAUUUAAUUACUGAUGGCUCAUAAAAUGUUGGACUUUACACGUUAGCCGAGGGUGGCGCCUCGAUAGUUUGUUUUACCCGCAAAACGGCCACUGGAUGUUUUAUUGAAUCAUUAAACACCCCGACCGUAGGGGUUUUUUACAGCCCAAAUCUAAUGAAAAAUCCUACCGCUCACCAAAGUUGUUACAACGUUUUUAUAAUAUGUAAUACCCGAGGUUUAGUAGAGCCAAUCUGGGCGAAUGCGCUAUUAAACGCAAUUUUCAAAUGGUCGUCGACCUUUUGACUUUCAACAAGCGUUCAUCUCGAGUACCAAAUAAUUUCUUAAAAAAAAAAACACCAUGACGAGAUAACACACAUCUAGGGUAACGGAGGUGGAUAGGUGACUUUCAAGCAAACCUAAACGCACAAUUUUUUCCGAGUAGUGGGUGUUGCUUCCGGAUGUAUAUGUAUAUAAUUAAUAUACUCCAGAUGUUAUGACCGAAAUCGGGAUUUGGUCUUACGGUCUACGAAGUAUGCAGAUUUAUAUGCAUAAUAUAUAGGCACGCACUCAGAAAAAAAAGUGGUAUACACGCUGUUACAUGUUAUAUCACAAUCUAUAUUGCAGGUAAAACCAACGAUCGUCGAGUACGCAAAGGCUUGAACCUUUGGUUCGGUUGAAGACCGUAAUUCCGAGAAAAACACAAUCGUUGUAAUCUUUUCCGAGAAUAAAAAAUAAAAUAAUGAACCUUUUAAACGGAUUUGAUAAAUUCAGGAUGUUUUCGAGCGUGCCAUAAUCAAAUAGUUGCAAUCUUCUGCAGGGACAACCCCGUCUGAUGGUAUUUAAUUAGGAUCAUUAGAGACCAUUAUUUUUUGUACGCGCAAGCAGUAUAUGGAGAUACUAUUAUUCCCGACUUACCUAUUUUCUAAUGCAAAAUUGUACAAUCAAUGUCAUGAGAUUUUAUCAUUUUACGAAAGGUAAAAAUCCAAAUGGGGUUCACAUUUACAAUUCGAUCGGCAACACCCUAUCGAUCAUCAAUGACAAUCGUUUGGAAUGAUAAUCAAGCCGAUCUUGUAUUGGCGUAUUAGGUAUAUGUUCGACAACCCAUUUUUGUGACUGAUAUAUUUAAAAUCUGAAUUUUCAGUCUGUCCAUGUCAGUUAUGAGAUGAUUGAAACUCCGUUUAUGAUGCAUUGCAUUUUACAAGACCUGUGAAGAGUGUUCUAGUGUAUUGACAUAGUUGAUUGACUGCCGGUUGCUGUGCAUACACUUGUUAGCCAAUCGCAGUGUCAAUCCAAGAACACUGUCAUAUUGUUUCGAUACUCGUAUAAGGCACAUUUCUCAAAAAUAUAUUGUCAACCGCUAUCUUUAAAAAUAGAAUCCAAAACAUUUUCACGAAGUAUUCAUUCGUGUAAGGGUUUCUUAAAUAAUCCACCGACUUCAAAAUAUAAAAUCAGCACUCUUGAGAGUUUUCAACACGUUUUCAGUAUAAUUUCCACUAAAACAUACUUUAAUGGAAUUGUUCAGAUGUGCCCUCAGACAUAAUUUACUGGGAAUCAGUCGCGUUUACGGUUUCGACAGUAUAUUAAAGAAAUAAUACAAGAUAUUUUAGGUAAUAAUAGUAACUAUACGGUUCAAAGUAUAUUGCAUUACAUACGUUUCGUACUUACAUAACGACAGCCGAUAAUAAAAAUGAAUGGCAAAUCGUUACUCGGUUAGGUUAGUCGCAAAAAAUUAUCCGGUGUCAAAAACAGAAAUCACAAAUAAAUGAUUAACCAUAAAACACUAUUGUCAUAUGAACUAUUCUUCAAAACUAAAUUUCUAGUUUACCUUUCUUCGUCCUCCGCAUUCGGAGGGAAGAGAGAAAUACAAUAGGAGAGAUUUUUUUUGUAUUCUAUAACAGUAUUUUGUGAAUUAUUGAAACAAUAAAAUAAAAUAAUUGAAAAUACAAUUUUUCUUGAACCGAAGAAUUGGUAGUAAAUUGAAUUUAUAUAUAUAUUAAAUACUUAAAUAGCAAAAAGAAAAGUUUUUCUUUUCUUUACCCCUUCCCCCCCUCUCUCUCCACGGUGGUCGCCUAUUUCCCAAUUUAUUUUACUUUCGUAAACAUACGAUCGCGCGUAAAGUUUUUCAGUUAAAUAUCUUUUAAUGUUUUUAGUCAUAAUUUUGUGUAUUAAGCAAAACAUCUACCGUAUUUAGGAUUAUUUUAAACAUUGGCGCUUGUAUAAAAUAUAACGUAGCGUGUCUUAAGUCCAAAACAAAUCAUGUCCGAAAUAUUUACGGUAACACACUAACUUUAAAUAUUACUUGAAAUUUAAGUAUUGGCUAUAUUAAUUUAAACGUACGAUAUAAAUAUUAUAUUAUGAUUGUUUUAAACAAUUUUUAAUUUAAUUUUACCCUACAAUGGAACUUAAAUCAAAACUAAUUUUAAGA